AGUCAAGAUUAUUGCUUUGAGCGGUGUCAUCCCAAUUUACGUACCAACGGCACAUGCACACACUGUAACGGAACUGUUGACACGAUGAAACUGUUAUUUAUCGGGUUUUGCCUCUUCCAUCCUGAAAGAGGCUGACCAAACCGCACUCGUCACCACUUCGGCUCUGGACAUCACGGCGCAAUCUCGGACUCCCAUCGACCUAUAACUCAAGCUGAAAGAUAUAUUAGGCACACGAGCUUCCAAACUAAUGUCGUUUUUUGGGAACGGAACGAAUGCAACCGCUGGUGGCAGCAAAGCCGAGCAGCGAGAGAAAGCCAAGCAGUUUAUCUCUUUCACGAACGCCAGUGAAAAAUCCGCACAAAAGUACCUAAGAGAUAAUAUCGCGGUAAAUAGCUACUUUGCGACGGAUGGGGCGAAAAGUGCGCGGCCGGGGUCGAACGUAGAUCCGAGGAGAUUGGCGGCGUUGUUUGAUAAGUAUAAGGAUCCAGAAGAAGACGCAAUCCUGCUCGAGGGGACGGAAGAGUUGUGCGGAGAUCUCAACAUCGACCCAACGGAUGUAGUAACACUCGUCCUGGCAUGGCAUCUACAAUGCCCACAUAUGUGCGAAUUCCGGAGGGCGGGAUGGCUAAGCGGGUGGACGAGUCUAGGGUACGCGAAACAGCAUUUGCGGCCAACCGCUGCUCGUUCCACGUAUGAUGGGAAUGUGACGUCGGAUGUUAUUGCAGAUGCGAUACGAUUGAGUCCAUGCGGGAAAGUGUGGCGACCAUGCGGGCCGAACUGGAAGAUCCGGGUACAUUCAAGGACGUGUAUCAGUUCACAUUUGCCUUCGCGAGAGGGGAGGGACAGAAGAGUUUAGGUGUGUACAGGGGAUGGGUUGCGUCGGAUGUCUGCGUACGUCGAACGUAAGGGCCAGCGAAUGUUGAUUCCUGCGUCCGCGCAACCCUCUCUUGCAGGACUGGAUACGGCGGUAGCAUUCUGGGAACUGUUGUUGCACGACAAUUUUCCACAGCUGCCAUUGUGGAUACAGUUCCUGCGGGUAUGUUGUGGAGGAUUCGCCGACUUUG